AUGUCAGCAUGCCACAUCAUCAAAACUGACACGUCAUCAUGCCACGUCAGCAUCUACACCACAGACACCACCGACCAUUACCUUCGUCGGAACCACCUCAUCACCGCCUCUUCCCUCCGCCUCUGUGUGUGUGUUCAAGCUGUGCAAUCUUCACACAAGGCACAAUUCGACUCAACUUUAGGGUACACAUCUUCAAUCUUUGGGAAAUUCAUGUUUAAAGGAGUAAUAGACUAA